AGAACUAGAAAAUAACUUUGCGAAAAUCACUUGUGCAAAUAUGAAAAUAGUAACAGAAAGACUAGAAAAAAUUGAAAGCGAUUUGAACCACGACAAAAUAAAAAUAAAAAGUAUGCUAAAAGAUAUUAAUGAAUUAAAAGAAAGUAUUGAUUUCCAAGAAGAGAUUUCAAAGAAAAGAAUAUCAGAAACUAACAACCGCAUAGAUGACGUUAAAAAAUUAUAUAAUGAAAAAACACUUCUUGAUUCGAAUAAUGAAUCAAAUAUUUUAAAAGAUAUCAAAGAAAAACUAAUAGAUCUUGAAAAUCGAUCCCGAAGAAAUAAUUUGCGAAUUGAUGGUGUUAAAGAACUGCCUGGUGAAUCUUGGGAAGAUCGUACUAAAAUUGUUAAAAACAUUUUUACUGAAAAACUCCAAAUUAAUAAAGAAAUUAUAAUUGAAAGAGCGCACAGAUCAGGGGCUAUAAAAACAGGAAAAGAGCGAUCAAUUGUUUUAAAACUUUUACAUUUUAACGAUAAAAAGUUAAUUCUACAAAACUCAAAAAAACUACGCGGAACAGGUGUGUUCGUGAACGAAGACUUUGCAAAGGAAACAAUAGAAAAGCGUAAAAAACUCUGGGGUGAAGUGAUUAAAUUGAGAAAAGAAGGUAAAUACGCUAUUCUCAAAUUUGAUUCUAUUUUUUGUAGAGAUCAUAAAAAGUACUUUUUUUUUUUUUAACAUACAGUAUUAAGAAAAGUUCUUCUAAUUCAUAACACAAUCAAAAUGUCUGAAAUAAAUGAUUUUAAAUCGUUUAGUUGUAAUUUUUCAGAAAUGAGACACUCCUCAUCUAAUGAAAACCUAGAUCCAGAUAUUAAUUAUUUCAAUGAUAUUAUUACGGAUUGUUCAUAUUACUAUCCGAACAAAUUAGAAGAAUUUUUUUAUGAAAAU